UCAGCUGAUGGUCGCAGCUCCCGGACCUGUUUGGACCUGUGUUGGGUUCUGCUCAUCAGGGCCAGGCCGAACUGGAUGUAAGGAGUCGCACCUCAACACAUAUUAGCUAAGCCAGAAACCAAACGUCCAGCUCCUUAUGGCUGUGUAUGAUGAGAACAUCCUGAGGAAUCCUUUCUACUUGGCACUGGAGAAACAGAGACCUGAUCUCUGCAGUCGAGUGGCAGAGCUCCAGGGCAUCGUUCUGGUUCCUUGUUGUGGAAGCUUCAGUGUCAGCAGCUUCUCCGACUCCUACUUUGACAGCUACGUCUUGCAGCCUGUGGAGGACGGAUACAAGACUCUGGAUGGAAAGGAAGUUAAGAUCCAAGAUCGGCAGCUCUUGCUGGGAUCAGGCUUCCCAGCUCCAUCAGUGAUCCCCAUCUUGUUUGAGGAAACGUUCUACAAUGACCAGGAACAGCGGUACAGUAUUCUUUGCAUCUCCAGGCCUGUGGAGUUUGAAUCCAGACUGGCCGAGGUCAGCCCACUUCCUCCUUACUGCCUGAGGAGUCUGGAGGAUGUGAUGGAGUUCCUGGGUCGUCCUGUCCAGAAACUGGACAAGUUCGUUCAUGGCUUCUGUGAAGCUUUCAAGGAACAUGAGAGGAAGGGACUUCGCCACCACAUAGACACUGUGAAUGGUCUUUACACUAAAUGUCUUCAAUGUCUGCUGAGAGACUCCCGCCUGAAACCUGUGGUAAGGCAGGAGCUUCAGAUGACUCUUCUCAAACAGGCAGUGGAGAUCUAUGUUUAUCAUGGUAUUCAUGAUUUAAUCUUUAACCUUGUGGGAGCUCUUGAAGCCAGCAACGAUGCUGCCUUCAACAAAACCACCAGGAGUCUGCAGGAUCUGCAGCAGAAGGAGCUCGGAGUCGAUCCGGAGUUCAGUAUGAACUUGUCUCGAGCAAAGCGAGAGCUGAGUCAGCUCAACCAGCAGACGUCUCCACUCCUCAAGCUGCUCUGCCUGCGCAGGGUGGUCCUGACCGCCACCCAGACCACCCGGCGCUCAGUGAGCGUUGAAGCUGUGAGUGCAGACGACCUCCUCGCCGUCGUCCUUUACCUCCUGGUGAAGACGGAGAUCCCCAACUGGUGAGCNAACCUGAGCUACAUCCGAAACUUCUGCUUCAGCCACUCUAGUAAAGAUGAGCUCAGCUACUGUCUGAGCACCUUUGAAGCAGCAGUGGAGUUCAUCAACCUGGGGAAGCUGCAGGAAGCCCACGGUGUCUCUGGACAAAACGACAGGAGCUUGUUGAAGAAGAGGAUGAGUUUGCUGAACCAGAACACUGAAACACCCGUUCAGUGCCUGUUUGAGCAUAUAGCAAAUGGAAACAAAGCAGAGGUGGAACAUCUGCUGAGUGAAGGCCAGGUCGAUGAAGAUGUGAGGCCGUGUCAUCCUCUCUGCUCCUGCGACCUCUGUGACGGCCAACUGUCUGGACGCCUGAAUGAUCUGUCCAUCGUCACUCCGUUCUCCAGAGACGACAGAGGUUACACUCCGCUGCACGCUGCUGCUGUCUGUGGUCAGGCUCAACUCAUCGACGUCCUGGUACGUAAAGGAGCUCCGGUUAACGCUACAGACUACCAUGCCCGCACACCCCUGCACCUGGCCUGUCAGCGUGGAUACCAGGGGGUCUCUCUGUUGCUGCUGCACUAUAAGGCCAAUGCUGAUGCUCAGGACAACAACGGCAACACUCCACUGCACCUGGCCUGCAUGUACGGACACGAAGACUGUGUGAAGGCCUUGGUGUACUACGACGUCCAUACGUGCCACCUGGACCUGCAGAACGACAAAGGCGACACCGCGCUGCACAUGGCAACACGCUGGGGUUACGAGGGGAUCAUCCAGGUGCUGCUGGAGAACGGGGCCAGCACCCACAUCCUCAACAAGAGCAAGGAGUCUCCUCUGCAGUGUGUACUCAACUCCAAGAUCCUCCUGCUCUUCCAGUCCCUGGAGAACAGCCAUCUGUCCAGCAGCGUUGAUUCUCCUGGUGGCUCCCCUCUGACCUCGGACUGCAGCAGCCGCCGCUCAUCCGUCUCCAGCGUUUCUUCUCUGGGUUCAGAGGUCAGACCAGAGUCGGAGCAUGUCCGACACAAGGAGGUGGAGAAGCUGCUGAGGGCUGUCGCUGAUGGAGAUGUGCAGAUGGUGCGCUAUCUGUUGGAAUGGACGGAUGAAGAGGAGGAUGAAGAGGAGACACUUUCCGAGGUGCCAGUCUGCCACCCGCUGUGUCAGUGUCCAAACUGUGCUCCUGCUCAGAAGCUGUCGGUGCAACAGGCAGGAGCUCUCGGUUUGAACAGCUGUAACGCAGACGGCUUCACGCCCCUCCACGUAGCCGCUCUGCACGGCCACGUCACACUGGCUACAAUGCUGAUUCGCCACGGGGCCAACGUCAACAACCGCACGAACCAAAACGCCACGCCCCUUCACCUGGCCUGCCAGAACAGCCACAUUCAGGUUGUGAGGUUUCUGCUGGAGUGUAACGCUAAGCUAAACAAGAAGGAUCAUUAUGGGAACACUUGCCUGAUCUACGCAUGUUUCCAUGGAAACCUGGAGAUAGCCAGCACACUUCUACAGAGUCACGCGUUGGUGAAUGUAGCCAACCUGCAGGGUAACACGGCUCUCCAUGAGGCGGUGCGGGGAGGACACCAGGAGGUGGUGGAGCUGCUGCUGAGGAACGGAGCGUCGCCUGGACUCAGGAACAAGAGGCAGAGGACUCCUCUGGACUCUGCUUAUGAACUCGGUGGCAAGAACACUGAAAUCCUGAGAGCUCUGCAGAAGGCAUCUGGAUUGUCCCCCGACGCCGAACCAAUCAAACUCCUGUCUGUGCCCAAAGGAGCCCUGGCUCAUUCGUUUGUUCAGCGUCUGAGGCAGCCGGACUCGUCCAACAGCAGGAGACACAAACUAGCCCAGUCCAUGAGCAGGAUGCAGCACAUGAGGAAAGGUCUGCCUGCCGCUCCCCCCAAGAGCCUUCCAGGCCUCCCCCAGGUGAAUCCAGACCAGAGGAGACUGCAGCGAGGGGAGACAGUGGAGGUCAGCAGCUUCUCAAAAACCCACGAUGCUCGAUCUCAUCGCAAAGACUGGAUCCUAGGUCGCAGUCACACCAUGGACUCUGGAGCAUCGGCACCUGUUCUGAGACUGAGCGGUCCCCCGUCAGAAAGGGGUGACGCGUCCCUCAGCAGUCACAUUUCUAGAACUGCUGCAGGAGCUCUGCCAGCAGCCGGUCUAACCUCAGGGUGCACAGACAACACACAACCUGACACCGACGAGGUGCCAAACUGCAGCACAUCCAGCCAGGACCUUGGUUCUUUCAACUCUGAUACCAGAUUCACCCCGGCAGAUCACCCUGAGGAGCCUUGUGACCCCCCCAGCCAAGGUGUUCUGCCUGAGAACAUGCACACUCUGCCGGAAGCUGAAGACCUCCAUUGAGAUCUCUUACAGGACGAUUCUAGUCCGCACUGACCCUAAACAGUCCAAACCAUUCCCCUUCCCUCCAGCCCAUAGAAACCAAGAGAAACCUGUGGACUCAUGGAGUUUGGGCUGAGCUGAGCAUGAAAAUCACAAGACUUUGGUUUUCUUGUGUUCAAAUUUAGCCACAAACAGAUAACCAAAGGUAACCAGAGAUAACUCGACAUACCCAGAUGUAACCAUACGUCUGUUUCCUUCACCAAGUUCUAAAACCGUCUUCCUGACAUGGACUUAAACUUUCCAUAGUCUCAAGAACUGAUUUAAUUUGGUUUAAUUCUCAGACAUUU